GAGAUCAGCCGUCCUCCAGCAGAGCCCUACUGCUCCGGGUGCCAGGUCCUGACCCAGUAGGUUCCCCCCACUCAGCGGGUCUAGAGAGAUGGAUCAACUCCGGGAGAACGUCACCUGCUCCAUCUGCCUGGAUGUCUUGGACGACCCCGUCUCCAUUGAGUGCAGCCACAACUUCUGCCAGGGCUGCCUCGUGGCUCACUGGCGCGGGGUCUCGGCCCAGGGCUACCAGUGCCCCGAGUGCCGGACUCCCUGCUCCAGGGACAGGAUGACCCCAGACACGCGGCUGAGAGCCCUGGUGAAGAAAAUCACAGAGCCCCUGCGGGAAGAGAUGGAGCUGGAGGCUGUGGAUGCGUCAUGGAUGGGCCGAGAGGACGAGGCCCUGGGGGGGGGUUGAGUGUCGCAAUGGGACAGCGACCGUGACGAGGGGCGUGUGGAUGUGGGACCAGCCCCUCUGGGUCCAAGCCCAGGGGAGG